AUGAUGGACGAUCCUUGGUACAAAUCGACAGAUUCUUUGACGUGGGCGUUGACGAGGAAAAAGACUGAUUCGGAUGAACCUAGCAAAGAAAAACUCAAUCGGGUGUUGACCUUCUUCGACUUGACCGCAUUGGGCACGGGCUCCACUUUGGGAUGCGGUGUGUACGUGUUGGCCGGAGCAGUGGCCAAAUCUAUCGCUGGCCCAGCCGUAGUCCUGUCCUUCGCCAUUGCCGCCGUGGUGUCUGCGUUUUCCGGACUGUGUUAUGCCGAAUUCGCUGGCCGAGUACCCAAAGCUGGAUCUGCGUACAUCUACAGUUACGUGGCGGUUGGCGAGUUCACUGCGUUUGUCAUCGGUUGGAAUCUACUCAUCGAACAUCUAAUUGGAACCGCGUCUGUGGCAAAGGCCAUGAGCAAUUACUGCGAUUCUCUGCUGGGAAACCCACAAAGGAAAUACAUGACUGAAUAUUUUCCCUUACACAUUGGCUUCUUGGCCGAUUAUCCCGACUUGGCGUCAUUCGUAGUGAUCGUCGUCAUUGCGCUAUUGGUGGCCUGGGGUGUUCGUGAAUCAUCGUUUACCAACAACAUAUUUACCGCACUAAAUCUGAUAACCGUUUGCACUGUGAUCAUCACUGGGUUUUACAAAGCCAACUACUCAAACUGGUCUAUUCCGAAAAGCGAAAUACCACCCGAAGCAAACGGUGGCGAAGGCGGAUUCUUACCUUUCGGAUGGGUCGGCGUAGCAGCGGGAGCUGCGAAAUGUUUCUACGGAUUCAUCGGUUUCGAUUCGAUCGCCACGACUGGCGAAGAAACGAAAAAUCCCAAAAGAGACAUACCGCUGGCGAUCGUCGCGUCUCUGUUCCUGAGUACGGUCGCUUAUUGCGGUGUGGCCACCGUCUUAACACUUAUGUGGCCUUACUAUUCACAAGAUCCGGAUGCUCCACUUCCGGCUCUCUAUGAAAAUUUGGAUAUGCCAACGAUUAAAAUUAUAGUCUCAGGGGGUGCGAUAUUCGCAUUGUGCACGAGUCUUUUGGGUGCAAUUUUUCCACUGCCUCGUAUAUUGUACGCAAUGGCUAGCGAUGGUCUACUUUUCAAGUUUUUGUCGAAUAUCAACGCCACGACCAAGACCCCUCUGAUAUCUACGAUUAUUUGCGGAGUUUUCGCUGGUUCUUUAGCCGCCGUAUUCAAUCUCGAGCAGCUCAUCGAUAUGGCGUCCAUCGGCACACUCCAGGCCUACACGAUCGUGUGCAUUUGCGUGUUGAUAUUGCGGUACACCGACAACAGUCCGUCCAUCCAAGACAACACAAUCAAGUCAAAACGUAUCACGGUUUUCACAUGGUUGAAUUUGUCGAACGCAAAAGUGCCGAACUCCGACACCCAAUACGUUUCAAGGGCGUUGAUAUUUAUAUUUAGUGUAUGCACGUUUGUGUUUGGAAUAAGUUUGGCAAGUAUGGAAUCACAUCUUGGGAACACGAGAAACGUACUUAUGAUAAUAAAUGUAAUAUCGCUUUUGGUGUUGUUGAUUACGUUGUUCAUGUUGGCCAGACUUCCGAUGGCCGUCGAAGAUCUAUCGUUCAAGGUACCGUUAGUUCCCAUCAUACCAUGCUUAAGCAUUGUACUAAACGUUUAUCUGAUGAUGGAACUCGAGUACAAGACUUGGAUAAGGUUCAUUGUGUGGCUAAUAUGUGGAUUAUUGAUAUAUUUGUUCUACGGCAUCGGUCACAGUUUGGAAGGCAAUAAGCAAAAAAUUAUGCUUAACACGAUUCAAAUCAAACCGAAGCUAUCCAGUUAAAUAUUUGGAUAUUUGCAUGAUUACUCAUAGAUUGGAAUUGAUUUUAUUGGGUUUCUCAUCUAUUUUUAAAAAUAUGCAUAUUUAAACUAGCGAUCUUUAUUUAAUAGGUACUGUACUCAGUUUUAGGACUUUUAGUGAUUAUUUUGUUUUAUUUUAAGUGAUUUUGUGAUGUU